AUCUGUGAGUAUAAGUGGAUCAAUGUUCUUCUCUUUGCUUGCUUGAUGACGUGAAAGAUUGAAAUAAUGAGCUUAAAAGUCAAAUUUGGAAAUUGUUUGCUUUUGUAUUUCUAGUGGGUAUUAGUUUAAAUGCGUGUUCGUUGCUCUUUUUAUGGAGAUGUGGUAACCGAGUUCAUAUUGGUAUAUACAAAAAUCCUCAUUGCUGGACGCAGAAUCUAUGUUCAAUAAUGAAGUGCCAUUCGCCUUCGACACGCUGCAUGAAUUCUCCGCAGUCGACGGCUUUGUGGAGUUAACUGAAUGUUUGGCGGAGAUUAUGAAGUACGUGGCAAAUGAACCCUCGGUGGGUCUCUUCUAUGUUCAGCAGCACAAUGUCAAUGCAGUGCCCAACCUCAUAAAUCUCAAGAAUAAUACUGUGGGGAAGUCACAGGCGAUGGCUCUGCAUACAGAAGAUCUGGAGGAUUCUAUCACUAUGGUGAGUUCAAUGAAAGAAUGUAAUCCCAUUGCUGAUGAGAUGAUUAGAGACAUUAAACGAUCUCUUAGUAUCAUGUCAACCAGACAGCCAAAAAGAGGGUUAAUCCGUAACCCAAGUUCAGGUUUUCAAAUGGGGAAAACCAACUCGUGGGGUUCAGCUAAUUGGGGUCGUGAUGCAGUUUAUAUGCAGCAUGACGGUGAAAGAAACGGUAGUUAUUUGUCUACGGUUUUAAGCUCAGCAAAACAAAGAGCCAUCAAUUUCAAGUGGCCUCAAUUUGAAUUUAAAGAAAUAAAACAAGCCAAUAGUGAGAAGCUUAUGUCCUAUCCUAGCCGACCACCAACAGUUGCAGCUGCCAGCACCACUUUGACUAUGCUUGAAACAGAAGCUGAUGAAUUGCCCCUGUCAAGUCCGACUGCAGAUGAGCUACAAGGAGAAGAAUUACCACUUGAUGGAAGCUUGUUAAGUUACAAAUUACACUCAUCUUCAGAAAACUAUGAUGAAGUCAGGACUGAUCGGGAGAGAAAACUGGAGGAGUGGUUGGAAGGGACUGGCAAUUAGGAUGGUUGCAUGUGAAAAACUGAUGCAUAAGGGCUUCAACUUGACAGGACAUUGGAUGCUGGAGAAGUUUUAGCUUGUAAAUGACGUUGUUGUAUAAUUAUGCUUGAAUAUCACAGAACACCAAGAUAUCAUGAUACUAAAAAUAUUUAUUUUAUUACUGUUCACCGUGAAAAUUGCCUGUAUACUAUUGUAUUUACUGUUUUUAUAAGAGAAAAUUGCCUGCAGAUUCAUGUUUUCAA